AUGGACGAUCCAGUCGCGGCAAACGACUUAGAAAAAUCAACAUCUUCUGCCAAUACAGAAUCCCGUUUUUCUUCAAAGUCGUCCUACAGUUUCCAAGAAUGGACCAAUCACAGGCGAGGUUGGACUGUCACUAUUGGUGGAUUCUGCACGUAUUUCAUGAUGUUUGGGUUCGUGCAAUCAUUUGGUGUCUUUUACACAGCAUUCCAGGAAGAGUUCAACUCAAGCGCUGAAGCCACAGGUUGGAUCGGAUCACUCACCUUUUGUCUCCUCUGCAGCCUGUCUCCAAUAUCAAGCAUGUUAUUCGAAACAUUUAAUCACCGAAGUGUCAUAUGCACAGGAGUCGCGAUAUGUAGUGUUGGUAUCCUCAUUUCUUCGUUUGCACCCUCCAUCGGGUUUUUGUACUUCUCCUUCAGUGUCCUUGUUGGAACCGGGGUGAAUUUUAUAUACACACCAGUUCAACAGUUGGUUACCUGUUACUUUUCCACGAAUUGCUGUUCUCGAGCGACUUCAUUAGUACAGGCUGGAGCAACUGUCGGUAUGCUGGUGAUGACUCCGGUGUUUCAAUGCUUGUUGACAUCCGUAGGGUGGCGUAAUGCGUUACGUAUUGAAGCAGCGUUGAUGUUUAUAAUAUGUUCCAUGUGCACAAUGUCUUUUGAAGCACCACUCGUCAUCAGCCCUCCAUCUGGAGAUGAUGAUAGUGACAAUUUUAUAGCUGAUGCCAUCAAGACACGGAACAAGUCUCCGACUAACAGCUUGCACAAAAUUGUGUACAUGAUGCGAACCAUAAACUAUUGGUUCUUUAUGUCGGCGAUUUUCUUUGCUUAUUUGGCGGCUGCGUUUAUAUCCGUCUAUUUUGUGAGCAUUGCAGAGAGUGUCGGACUGUCAACAGAAAAGGCUGCACUCUUGACUUCCGUAUUAGGUAGCGGUGAACUGUGCGGAAGAAUAGCAUGUGCCGCCUUUGGCGACUAUCUUCCCUUUCAAAGAAUCUAUGUGCUGGUAGUAAGCUCGUUAAUAGGAACUUUUUCAAUGAUUUACGCAACUGAGAUCGAUACAGAUAGUGGCAUGGUGGCAUUUGCUAUAUGUAUAGGCUUCGCACGUUCUAUAAUAUACACCAUGCCGUUGUCCGUUGCAAUAGAAACAUUUGGAGCCGACAAAAGCACAGAAGCAUGUGCUCAUAUUUUGCUGGCAAGUGGCCUUUCCACCAUCGUUAUACCAUUCACUGGAGGUAAAACGUAUGACGUUACAAGUUCAUACACUUUGGCUCUGUGGAUCCAUGCAUUGUUCUGCUUCUUUGCAACAAUUCUUUUUCUCGCCAUCCCCGCCUACAAACGUUACCAACAGCGUCACGAGGACAAACUGACAUCAUUGAUCAACCAGAAGGCGGACAUUUUUACCAUCUCUGAUACCUUGCAGCCUAUCGAGGAUGCACUGCCAUCCUUAGAUGUUGAUGUUGCUUGUGGUGGUGAUGAAGUCCCACUGAAAGAUGUUCAGCUGGUAUUUCUUCAGGAUAAAGUAGAUUAACUAGUUGUGAAUUAAUAAAUGAAGAUAAUUCAGUAAAUGUGUAACAUGAUAAUUAGGUUACUGUACUAAUCUUGUAAAACCAUGCGAUAGUUAAUAAAAUA